AUGGCUCCCGUUGGUCUCCUGACUAAACUCAGGACUCUAAUCACCAAGGACUAUGAUGAGCCUGCCAUUUCAACACAAACAGCCGCCUUUCUCUCGGUUUGCCUCACCCUCAUCUAUGUGGUUCCCUUUUAUGUGAACCCGACGACCCGGCCAUCGCCCACCCUGAGUAGAGAUGCGCCGUCGGUAAUCCGGGCCAGAAUUAGAGCAGUGACAUUUUCAUGCACCAUUAGCAGCCUGGUCGUCUUAUGGCUAGUUGCUGCCAAAGAAAACGCUUCUUUCUCUCGAGCUCUCCAUUUCCUGGGGUGGUGGCCUGUUGGUCUCGUGGAUAUCUUCCGCAGCCUGCUUCUCACAGCCAUCCUUUUCGCCGGUCCACUGUUUGAGCGCGGUGUUGCCGAGGGCGAAUGGAGAGAGUGGAUUCGGGGAGGAAGGGUCACUGCAUCGCUUCGCAGCUGGAUUGGAUGGAGGAAUUAUGUCGCGGGUCCCAUCACCGAGGAGGUCAUGUUCCGCUCAGCCAUUGUCCCCCUUCAUCUCCUUGCCAAGGUUGAUCCCGGCCGCAUUGUAUUUGUGGCUCCUCUCUAUUUCGGCAUUGCUCACGUACACCAUUUCUACGAGUUUCGCCUCACGCAUCCUGAUACAUCGAUUGUCGCGGCGAUAUUGAGAUCAGUCUUUCAAUUCGGUUACACGACGAUUUUCGGUUGGUAUGCCACCUUUGUCUACCUUCGUACUGGCUCUCUUCUGGCAGUUAUUCUUGCCCACACUUUUUGCAACUGGUGCGGAUUACCGCGAUUGUGGGGAAGAGUAGAGACGGGCGUACCCAUCGGGCCCCCCAUGGUCAAAGGAAAAGGAUCCUCAGACGUGGCAUACGGUCAACUCAGUCUUGGCUGGACCGUCGCAUACUACGUAAUCCUGGUCGCGGGAGCUAUUGGCUUCUUCCAAACGCUAUGGCCUUUGACAGAAUCAUUAAACGCAUUGGCCAGCUUUUCUGCUCGCCUCUUCUCAUGCACAUCCCUCCGCUCCAACCGCUCGCGCAUACCCCUGGACAUCCCUCCUCCAUUCCCAAUUACCAAGACAUGUCCCGAACCGAGCUGCUCAUGUCCCUCGACACCGUCCAUGCCCGCCCCGAUCGACUAUGACCAGCCGCUAAACGGAACAAUGGCGGCCUACGCGCAGCAGCUUCUCAUCUGCACCGGACAACGAGACUGGACAAGUCGCAUAGAAGAGGACGGUCAGGGCCAGAACUGGGGUGAGCUGGUUCGAGGAUUGAAGAGCCUUCUCGGGCGUGGGGGGAAAUAUGCCGACCCCUUCAACAAUAUCCUAGUCACCAACGCCUCCUUCCUUCCCUCCUCCUCCUCCUCGUUAUCGACCAGCGCAUCUACCCCCCAGACCGCAUCCGCCUUUCUCUUCCCCAGCUUCAAAUACUUCCCCUCCAUCCCCGUUAGUCUCCCCGAUUCCGCCCCCGCAACAACCGAUCUCUCGACCUUCGUCCGCGCGUUCCUCCUCCCUAUCGAAUCGAGACAUGGCGGGCAGAUCCGCGACCAGGCUCUGGCGGCUGAAUUCCCAGAUGCUGUUGAUCUGCAACACUCCCCCGUUGUGUUGAUCUGCGGCCACGGUGGUCGCGACAUGCGAUGUGGUGUAAUGGCGCCGGUUCUGGAGACCGAGUUUCAACGGGUGUUGCAGUCUAAGGGGUACACAUCCGCGGGAAGUGACAAUAGUGUCGUCGACAGCCCCGAGCAUGCUCACAUCGGGUUAAUCAGCCACGUUGGAGGACACAAGUAUGCUGGAAACGUCAUCGUUUACAUCCCUCCCGGAAUGAAGGAAGCUGGCUCUUCCUCGCCGCAUCCAUUGGCGGGCAAGGGUAUUUGGUAUGGGCGUAUUGAGCCCAAGCAUGUGCAGGGUGUGGUGGAGGAGACGAUUCUGGGUGGAAAGGUCAUUACGGACCAUUUCCGUGGGGCGGUUGACCGGGAGAGUGGGGUCUUAAGGUUGUAG